AUGACUGUAAUAAAACCAUAUUGGCAGAGGAGUUUUGAUGCUGAUGUCUAUAUGCCUAUCAACACCAAUGGCUUUGUUGCUCUGGAGAAGCCAGCAGGAGAAUCGGAGUAUCUGGGUAACAUGCCGGCUGGCUUUGGGAUGAUCGCUGCUCUGCAGGGCGACCUGGACACCAGCGAUGGAGUAGGAAAGGUGUUCUUCCGCCAGGACUCCAGUCCGGCUCUUCUACGGCAGGCGGCCGAUCACAUCAACAGAGCCUUCCCCGAGGAUGACGUGGUGAACCCCAUCAGCGCUGUGGUGGUCACAUGGGUGGAUGUGGCGUCCCAUCGGGCCGAGAGCAGAGGAGACGGACUGGAGCCCACCGGAAGACGAAAUACGUUUCAGCUGGUCAUCGCUUCUCUGGAGACGAAGUCCUAUGCGAUUCUUCUCUACCCGAGAGAGGCGAUGCAGUUCCAGAGCACCGGCAGCAGCUACACGAUGCAUGCCGGCUUCAGUAAAGGACAGAAGACAUACUUAGUGCUUUAUAAGAAGCAAGGACCGUACUAUCGCAUCACAGACGACAGCGAGGCGUCUGUCAAGAACUUGGCUGAGCAGACUAACUCCGGAAAGCGUGGUGUGUGGGUGUAUGAAAUAGGAACGUUCCCUUACUUCACGGACGUCGCUCCUGGAGAAGUGCCAGACUUACCUUUGGAUUCCCACCAAUAUCAGAGCACAAGAAAGCCCAGCCAUCAACACCCGGUGUAUCCUGACGUCCAGCAGGAGAACCUGGAUGGAGUUUAUGAUCGUCCAGAACAUCCUCCACCCUUCCAGGUGCAGACGGUUCAGUACAGACCUGAACGACCGGCGGUCGUGGAAAUCGAAAAUGAAGACAACAUCGAGGUUAACGUAUUUACAUACAACUCUGGUGAAUGUGGUGGACAGAAAUGCUCUAAAUUUGGUGAAUGCAGCAAUUAUCCGAGCGGACGAUGCUGCCAGUGUAAACCUGGAUACUACGGCAAUGGGGUUCAGUGUGUUCCUGAUGGUAUUCCUCAGAGGAUGAACGGGAAAGUGAGCGGCAGGGUGUCCGUGGGAAACUCACCGGUGCCCGUGGACUUCGCCAGUAACGAUCUCCACUCGUAUGUGGUGGUGAAUGACGGCAGAGCGUAUGUGGCCAUCAGCGCCAUUCCAGCGAUCGUCGGCUUCUCUCUGCAGCCGCUGUCGUCCGUCGGAGGAAUCAUCGGCUGGACGUUUGCACUUCAGCAGCCGGGCUUCAAGAACGGCUUCAGCAUCAUUGGCGGAGUGUUCAGACGUCAGGCCGACGUGACCUUCCAGCCUGGCGGGGAAAGGAUGACUAUCUCUCAGGAGUUCAAAGGCAUUGAUGAGCACGACCACCUGAUGGUUGACACCAAACUUGAAGGAAAGAUUCCUGAGGUUCCUCAGGGAGCCACAGUUCAGAUUGACCCCUACACAGAGAUCUACCAGUACAGCACCAACUUGAUCACCGCUUCAUCCACACGGGAGUAUGUGAUCAAUCUGCAGGACCGUUCAACCCAAAGCAGAAGCUACAAAUUCAGAGAGACCAUCACGUUUCAGGGCUGCCAGCACGAUGAAGUCGUCAGUGCCUUGCCGUCCACACAGAUGCUCAAUGUCGACCAGGUGUUCGUCAUGUAUGAUACGGGUGAACAGCUCUUGCGUUACGCCAUGAGUAACAAGAUUGGAGACGUCAAUGGUGGACAAACGGAAGAAAACGCCUGCUUCACUGGCAGACACGGCUGCGACACUAACGCCGUCUGCAGACCCGGACAAGGAAACCAGUUCACAUGCGAAUGUGCCGCGGGCUUUACUGGAGAUGGACGCGCUUGCUAUGACAUCGAUGAAUGCAGGGAUGCUCCUCAGAUCUGCGGGCCAAACGCUGUCUGCAAUAACCAGCCGGGAACGUUUCGCUGCGAGUGCCAGGACGGAUUCCAGUUCGCCAGCGACGGACAGACGUGUGUUGAGGUGCAGCGUCCCGUGGACCCGUGUCGCAUCGGCACUCAUGACUGUGACGUCCCUGAACGCGCUCGCUGCAGCUACACCGGAGGAUCCUCCUACAUCUGCACCUGCCUGCCGGGAUUCAUGGGAGAUGGACGCAGCUGUCAGGACAUAGACGAGUGUCAGGUGAAUCAGUGUCAUGAAAAUGCCGUCUGCUUCAACACACCUGGAUCUUUCACCUGUCAGUGUAACCCUGGUUUCUAUGGCGAUGGUUUCCACUGCUCUACAGAAUAUGAGAAGACGCGCUGCCAGCUGCAUAGAGAUAGCGUUCUGGGCGCUGGGCCCCGCGGCCCCCGUCCUGUAUCCGGUCAGUAUGUGCCGACCUGUGACUCCCAGGGCGAGUACGACCCCAUGCAGUGUCAUGCCAGUGCAGGGCAGUGCUGGUGUGUGAACCGCGAUGGACUGGAGAUCUCUGGGACGCGAACGGGACCCGGGCGCUUUCCUGAGUGUCCUGGUCAUGAUGUCCCUCGCCCGAUUGGACCAACACCCGAUCCUAACGUCAGUCCUUUGCCUCCUGGCAGCCACAUCCUCUUCGCCCAGAGCGGGAAGAUUGAGUAUAUUCCUCUGGAAGGUCACAACCUGAAGAAGAACGAAGCUAAAACUGCACUGCACCUCCCGGAGAAAGUGGUGAUUGGAAUUGCUUUUGACUGCGUGGAGAAGAUGGUGUAUUGGACAGACAUCAGCACACCUGCCAUUAGCAAAGCUGGUCUACAAGGAGGAGUACCCGUCCACAUCAUUAAAUUAGAUCUCAGCAGUCCUGAAGGCAUCGCUAUCGACCAUCUGGGCAGAAACGUGUUCUGGACAGACUCCAUAAAGGACAGAAUUGAAGUUUCCUCAUUAGACGGAUCCCAGCGCCAUGUCUUGAUUAACACAGACCUGGUUAACCCGAGAGCCAUCAUAACUGAUCCCACCAAUGGCUACAUUUACUGGGCCGACUGGAACAGGGACGCCCCCAAAAUCGAGAUGGCUUACAUGGACGGCACCAAUCGCAGGGUCCUGGCCAAGGAUGAUUUGGGCCUCCCCAACGGUUUAACUUACGACCCCCAGACGUCUCUGCUGUGCUGGGCGGAUGCUGGUACACAUAAAGUAGAGUGCAUGAAUCCGCAGCAGGGCAGUCGGAGGCAGCUUAUGGAGGGAAUUCAGUAUCCCUUCGGACUGACUACUGAUGGAAAGAACCUCUACUACACGGACUGGAUGAGGUGA